CGUGUGUAGGCACGAUGGCCUCCUCCACUCUUCGUCUAUACAGCGGGUCAUUACGAUGCUCGAAUCGGCUAUGCUCAUCUGGCCUGAAGUCUAAUGCUUUUCAAGUCGUGCCGCGACGCGCGAACUCGACAGUGCCUCAGUCUGCCAAAGAGUCCCUCUCGUGGCCGGAAUAUCUCAACAUUCGCAAGAAGAAGCGAAGAUGGGAGCUGGCUCUCACAGGACCAUGCAUGCUGCUCGGCUUAGUUGGAGGUGCGGCGUACUUUGGUUCUCUGGAGAUAGAUCCGACGAAGCCAAUAUUUGUGCGUCCAAAAAUCCCUCAUCUUAAUAAUACUCCAUCUAAGACUAUCUUACGCAAGGGUAUUGACCCUAUGUUCGUGUACGGAGGUGCUACCGUAGGCUGCGUGGGUGUGGGAUACCUCAUGGGGCCGGUAGUUGGCUCAUAUUUCUGGAGAAUGACCCACCGAAAGGCAAUGAACCUCAUCGAGAUCAAGGACCGUGAGUUCCACAACCGCAUCGUCAAAAACCGCGUAGACCCCUCCGUGCAAAGCCCGACCAACCCUCUCCCCGACUUCUACGGUGAAAAGAUUGGGUCCCUCCACCAGUACAGACAUUGGCUGAGGGAGCAGACAAAAUACAAGCGAAAGAUGGAGUUCGAGGAGGAUCACUGAUCCCAAUAUUUCCAUCCUUGUAUCUCGCAUUGCUUUCUUAUACACAUCAUCGCUCUUCGCAUUUCACUCUUUCGAGUCAUCCAUCUCCGGCCUUUUAACCUACUCUUCGUCCAAGCACGCAAAAGAUCAACACAUGCAGAUUGUAUGGAUUGUUACAGCCCAUUACAAACUGUAUAAACACCUCGUACAAAGACGACUAGAACUGGUAAGGAAAGAUAAUUCUCAAUGUCCAUGGCCAUAAGCGAAGGAUAAAGUGGCCUGUUGGUCUCCUGGCUAGCAGCGCGACCGGGAACGAAGGGUCGAGCGCUACUAGCGCGCUCUAAGGCUUGGACGUCACUCAAGACGACUCGGUGUGGAAGGGAAAAUAAUGUGAGGGACUAUCCUCCAAAGAACGGCAGUAAUGAAGAAUAAACAUCGAACCAGAAAGAACGUAAGUAACUGGUAAACCAAUAAAUAGGCUGGAUAGAGGGGUGAUUAGGUGCUCCCACAUGCCACGGUAAAUAUGUAUCGUAAAUAGGCGGCCUGGCUAGCCACCGAAUCAUCAGGCCUUCACCGUGAAUCGAGACGAAGAGCGUCUUCCUGGACCAUCAAGAUGACGCCCAGUGAUAUUCUCACUUCUGCCUCGCCCCAUGGAACGAGAACGUGCUGAUCAACCUCGGAGGCGACAACACCUUCGGUCUUUCCUUCAAACAAAACCUCGGCAUAACUCCCUUCUCCGCAUCCUGCCUUCCCACCCUCUGCACUGAGCACCACCCGUCGCCAUAUUCCUCUAAUAAUCUCAACGUCUCGCCCACCUUCACGCGGAUCUCGUCGUCUCUCGCGGGCGUGAAAGUUGUAGCGACGAUCAUGAGACGAGGGAGCUGCGAUUCGGGGGCGAGGAGGUCAGAGAGUCUCAGACUUGGAGUGGACGGUUGACGACGUCCGUGACUGUCGCGGGCUGCGGUAUUAGGCGAAGCGGUAAGACUGUCACGGCGGUCUGCAGAGACGGGAUCUCGAGAGCUUGGAAUCGGCGGGAUGUCGAAGGUAGUAGGUGGGAUGGAGAUGUGUGUGAUGGUAGAGCGGCUCAUGGACCUUUUGUGCUUAUGCUUGGUCAUCGAGGUGGGCGGGGUGGGUGGUUGAGGUGGCAUGGAGGGAAGGGACGACUCAGGAGGUGGAGGUGGAGGUGGCAGGGUUCGAUAAAUCGGAGGAGGGGUACCGUCUUCUUUGUUCGCCGAUCUAUUGGUGAAAGACGAAUGGCUUGCAUCAGGCUUGUGGGAGUAGCGAGUGGUAGUGACCUGCUUGACCGGUAACGGAGGCGAGACAAGCUCCUUAUCUGCGGCCAGGGGAGGUGGUAUAUCCGAGGAGGAGACGCUACGAAUCUGUGGCUGCCAACGAACGGAGGAGUCGGUGGGGAUGAUGGGAACAAGGACGGGCUGAUGAGGCUUCGCAUAGGCGGCCGCAGUGAUCCAAUUAUCGCCUCCAAAAGCAAGUUGUUUAUCUGAAUAACCUUUCUCCAUCGCAGAAGUGUCAACCUGGGAGGACGGGGAAUGGCGACUCUUGCGACGGUUACGCCAAACUCGGAUACGCCACGCAGAAAACAUUAGAAAUACGACGGCAAGCAAAGCGAAGAAAACUGCCAGUCCCUUCGUGUAAGCAGGUGUGUGCGUGACGGGAGUCGGUGUAGAUGUCGCUCCGCUAAGAUCUGGAGCGAGACUUGGAGUCGGGCUUCCAGAGAUGUUCUCGCGAGCGAUGAUAGGGGUUUCCCAGUUCAAUAAUCCACGUGCAGCAAAGACGGCCAUCUCUGCAACACUCGCAGUGAGAGGAGGAGGGGAGGGAGGGGAGGAAAAGAAAGGACGCCUCAGAGGUCGAAGCAAGGAGAAACAAGGGGCCCGGGAAGGGUAAAGCCACGGACAACUACACUAGUUAUGCGACCAGGUGGGACAGGUACUUAAGGUGAAUGAUACGGCGG